AUGAAGUUUCUUUCUCAGAUCCUCACAGUCUCCCUCCUUGGGGUUUUCGAGCUGUCUCGCGCUACAGAGAGAGAAGCCCUGUCUGCAGCCCGGUUGACCCGCUACGAGAGCGGCGAGGUGCACCAGCGUCUGCGAUCCGCAAAAGAGGCAUUCUGGGCUGCACGCCACGCCGCCGGGCUCGACGAUCCGACACGCUACACUUCCUUCGCACGCGCUGCCGCACCAGUGCCGUGCACCGAUGGUCUCGCAGCGGUAGUUCCGGGAUCCGCCAACUACACCUUUCGCUGCAGCAACGUUGACUUUUACGAUUUCGUCAGUCACGCGGACCUCGGGUCGGCACAGGGCCGGGGCGCGUCUUCCUGGGGGUGGACAAGUGACGAUGGACGAGAGUUUGUGGCCAUUGCCCAGUCCGAUGGCGCUGCAUUUGCCGAACUCACUAGUGAAGGUAAGCUUCGGUAUCUGGGAAGGCUACCACAGACUCCCGGGUCGGAACCGCGGAUUUGGAGGGAGAUGAAGGGGUACAAGCACUAUCUUGUGAUUGGUAGUGAGGCGGUCAACCAUGGUGUGCAGAUCUUUGACUUUAAAAAGCUGCUUGAUGUUGAGCAAAACAACACCAAGCUCUUUCGGCAGUCAGACUUGACCUCUCACUGGAACGAGCUUCCCAUUGGUCGCUCGCAUAACGUUGUCGUCAACGAGGAGAAGGAAUAUGCCGUGGCAGUUGGCGCUGCGCCCCGGAACGACUCUUGUGCCUCUGGCCUCAUAUUCAUCGACCUAAAAGAUCCCUCUCAACCUUUCUCACCUGGAUGCGCUGGCGGAGAUGGCUAUGUGCACGACGCCCAAUGCAUUGUAUACCGCGGCCCGGACCAAAAAUACAACGGCCGAGAUAUUUGCUACGGUUACAACGAAGAUACUCUUACCAUCUACGACGUCAGCGAUAAAAAUGCGACCAACAUAAUCUCACGCACCUCCUAUGAAGGUGCAAGCUAUACCCACCAAGGAUGGGUGACCAACACGACAUGGCAGGAAUACCUCGUUUUGGACGAUGAGCUGGAUGAGAAGGAUAGCCAGCCGGGGCCAAAUUCGCAGCGCAAAGCGGUCACCUAUUUCUGGGACAUCAAGUCCCUUGAAAGACCCCGGCAGACUGGCGUGUUCCGCAGCAACGUCACCUCGAUUGAUCACAACCAAUUUGUCGUUGGCAAAUAUGCAUUCCAAAGCAAUUAUGGCGCGGGGUUGCGCGUUCUCGACAUUUCGAGUCUGCCCGACGACCCGACGGGGGAGGCGGUCAAAGAGGUUGCCUACUUUGACAUAUUUCCCGAGGAUGACCACCUCGAAGGUGGAGGCGAUGUUGCCUUCACUGGGACCUGGAGUAGCUAUCCCUUCUUCAAAAGCGGCUUUAUCGUCAUCAACACGAUUGAAAGGGGGGCUUUUGUGGUCAAGAUGACAAACAGGGAAUUCUAG